UUUCAGUGUUGCGCUUUGGUGUGUCACAGGCAAAUGUGUUCUGAAAAUACCAGCAGCCCGUCGUCAUAACAUCUCAGGGAAAGUUAGCCAUACAUUUUAGUGUCGAAUAUGGAAAAUGAGCUCGAUCCUUUUUAUCGGGAGCUUCCAAAAGUGGAGCUCCACGCUCACCUCAACGGCUCGGUGAGCUUCCACACCAUGGAGAAACUCAUGAAGAGAAAGCCGCAUCUCAACAUCGACCACCACAUGACGGCCAUCGGCAAAGGGCAGCGGAGGAGCCUGGAAGAGUGCUUCCAGGUCUUCAAGGUCAUCCAUCAGCUGGUGGACACGGAGGAGGACAUCCUGAUGGUGGCCUCAGAUGUAAUCAAGGAGUUUGCGGCUGAUGGUGUCAAAUAUUUAGAACUUCGGAGUACACCGAGACAGGAGGAGAAAACAGGGCUGACCAAGAGGAACUAUGUGGACACGGUGAUCAAAGCCAUCCAGAUGUGUAAAGACGAGGACGUGGACAUCGAUGUCAGGUUCCUGGUGGCCAUCGAUCGCAGGAAUGGCAGUGAGGUUGCCAUGGAGACGGUGAAGCUGGCUGAGGACUUCAUGUUGUCUGCUGAUGGGCUGGUCGUUGGACUUGACCUGAGUGGGGAUCCAACGGUGGGCCACGGCAAAGACCUGCUUCCUGCCCUACAGAGAGCCAAGAACAGCGGACUCAAGUUAUCCUUGCAUCUCUCUGAGUUGCCGUCUCAGCGCGAGGAGUCGGAGCUGCUGCUCAGUCUGCCGCCAGACAGGAUCGGUCACGGCACCUUCCUCCAUCCUGAAGUGGGCGGAUCCCAAAGCCUCGUGGACAAAGUCACCAAGAACAACAUCCCGUUGGAGCUCUGCUUGACAUCAAACGUGAAAGGCCAAACUGUGGCGUCGUACUCCCAGCAUCACUUCAAGUACUGGUACCAGCUGGGGCACCCAAGCGUCAUUUGUACUGAUGACAAGGGAGUCUUCAGCACGGAUUUGUCUCAGGAAUACCAGCUGGCGGCAACCACGUUUGGUCUGGACCACGACGCCGUGUGGACGCUCUCCCAGCAGGCCAUCGACUGCAUCUUCGCACCGGACAGCGUCAAGCAGCAGCUCAGACAAAAGUGGAGCGAAUUACAGCCUCGUGUGCUCAACUGAGCCGUUUUAGAUCGGCGGCAGCUGACGCUUACCUCAUGUUAUAGUAAAGGGAAAAUACUAACAUUUUUUAUACUACAUAUAUAGUACAUACAUGUACCCGUGUAUGUAUAUAUACAAAUCUCAGACUAACAUUGUAAAAAGUGAAAACACUUAAGUAUUAUUACACUAUGAGCAGAGCAAACAUGAUAAACACUUGAAUCAUGCCUGUGAUUAAAUGUGAUUAAAUGUGAUUAAAUGUGAUUAACUCCACAUCCAUCACU